UAUGCAUGCGCCGCCUCGCCGCCGUACCGAUCAGCUGUACGCAGUAAUAAACUAGCCUACUAUUCAAACGGUCGUUUCAUUCUAAUACAUAACAAUUGACGACGAGGUGUUAAACGAAUACCCACAUUAUUAAAGUAAAAGAUGGCUUAUGUCGGAUUAUUGCCUAUUUUCGAUUAUAAAACAUGUGAAUGGGCGUUGUUUAAAGGCCGUUUAACGCAGUAUUUAAAAGUGAAUAACGUGAAUGAAGAAAAUAAGUGCGCGAUCUUGAUAACACACUUGUCCGAUGACUCGUAUAGGUUGGUGCGUAACCUUGCCUACCCAGAUUCUGUGGAUGAAUAUACUUAUAAAAAGCUAGUCUUAUUACUCGACAAUCACUUCAAGCCCAAGAAGUGUACGUACGCGGAUAGGGCGAAAUUCUAUGGAGCAUCUAGGCAUCCAGGCGAAAAUCUAGGAGACUGGGCGGCACGACUUCGUGGUCUAGCAAGCUACUGCGAAUUUGGAUCUGCUCUGGAUACGGUUUUGACCGAUCGAUUCAUCCUCGGCUUGGGGCCAGGUCCCGAACGUGACAAGCUCUUUGAGCAAGGUCCUUCCAUUCUCAAGAUUGGGCAGGCAUUAGAGAUGGCAGAGCAGGCCGCCAGCGCGAGGGAGGCGAAGACGAUGGUACUACCUAAGUUGGAUUACAAAGAGGAGCCCAUCUAUCGAGCGUCGAUGGGAACUGGUGGUGGGCGCGGCCUGAGCGCAGGCCAGGCGGGCGGCGGAACACACGCGCCACUUCGCGACCAGCGCACCGCUACUGGGGAGGGCUCACGAUGUGCCGUAUGCGGUUUGAAGAACCACUCGUCCAAGAAUUGCCGAUACAAAAACUAUAAAUGUCAAAAUUGUGGUGUAAAGGGCCACUUAAAAAAGGUUUGCGGAAACAAAAAUUCACGCGUUAAUAACAUAACGUGUGAUGAACAAAGUGAAAGUGAGAAUGAGGUUUUGUGUUGCCAGGAAUGUCAAAAUUUCAAUUUAAGGUACGUUACGAAUAAACCUUUAGAACUUAAUCUUGUACUGGGAAAACGUGAUAUUACGAUGGAGUUAGACUCGGGGUCGGGUACGUCAGUAAUUUCAGAGCAGAUGUAUAGGGAAUUAUUUUCAGACUAUAAGUUACAGUAUUGUAACAUUAGGAUGUGUUUGUACAACGGACAUAAAAUCUCUCCGGAAGGGUAUUUUAAUAUUGAGGCCACAUUUAACAAGCAAAGUAAGAGGUUAAAAAUCUUCGUCGUUAAAAAUGGAGGCCCACCACUUCUUGGCCGCGAUUUUAUGUCCGCGUUUAAUUUGGUCUUAACAACUAAAAUAAAUAGCAUAAGUGAUGUACAUGAUACUAUAGAUACAUUAUUGGAACAAUAUUCUGAAUUGUGGUCUGACGAACUUGGCACAUUUAAUAGUUUUAAAAUUAAAUUACAGUUAAAAGAGGAUGCUUAUCCAAAGUUUUACAAGCCACGUAAUGUACCUUUUGCUUUAAAAGAUAAAGUGACAGCGGAAUUGGAUAGACUGGUAGGAUUAGGUAUAUUGGUCCCAGUUAAUCACUCUGAUUAUGCAACACCGAUAGUUCCAGUUCUCAAAGAAAAUGGGAAGGUAAGAAUCGCUGGAGAUUACUCAAUUACACUAAAUAAAGAUUUAGUUAUAGAUAAAUACCCCCUACCGAGGAUCGAAGAAGUUUUUGCAAAACUUGGGGGCGGAAAAUAUUUUACUAAAAUUGACUUAAAGAAUGCGUACAAUCAGUUUGUAUUGGAUGACUCAUCACAAGAUCUGACAACUAUAAACACAAUGAAGGGACUGUUCAAGUAUACUCGUUUAGUAUACGGUCUAGCUAACGCGCCAGCAAUCUUUCAAAGAUCAAUGGAAACUAUUUUAGCGGGACUCGAGGGUGUUAGUUGUUGGUUAGACGAUAUUUGCAUUACAGGACCUGAUGAUGUUACCCAUAUGUCUCGGUUACGUGAAGUUUUACGCAGGUUGAGUGGGGCCGGAUUACGGUUACGAAAGGAAAAAUGCGAAUUUUUCAAGAAAAGUGUAACUUAUCUCGGUUACGUAAUCGACGAAGCAGGGCUACAUACUUGUCCCGACAAGGUAAGGGCUAUUAUCGACGCGCCGGAGCCAACAAACGUAACGGAGAUAAAAAGAUUUGUCGGUGUAGUUAAUUACUACAGGAAUUUCAUUCCAAACGCGUCGGUUAUAAUGAGUCCGUUGUAUGACUUACUUCGCGCCGACGUUAAUUGGGAGUGGGGUGAGCGCCAGCGGAGCGCGGUGGCGGCCGUGAAGCGCGAGUUGUCAUCGGAGCGCGUGCUGACUCAUUUCACGCCGGGCGCGCAGCUGGUGCUGGAAGUGGAUGCGGGGCCGGCCGGCCUCGGCGCAGUACUCUCGCAGCAGGCACCUGACGGUAUCUUGCGUCCGCUGGCAUUCGCGUCCAGGUCGUUGACGGCGAGCGAACGAAAUUAUAGCCAGAUCCAUAAAGAAGCCACGGCCGUUAUAUUUGGCGUUAAACGCUUUCAUCAAUAUUUAUUUGGAGUGCAAACACCUUUUAUACUAAAAACAGAUCAUAGGCCAUUGUUGACUAUUUUCGGGAAAAAGAACGGAAUUUCUGUAACUGCCGCUUUACGUUUACAAAGAUACGCAAUUAUUCUUUCUGCGUAUAAUUAUACGGUUCAAUAUAUAACCAGUAAAAACAACGUGAUUGCAGAUUAUUUUUCCAGAGCGCCGCUGCCGUCAAUGGACAACGAGAGCGAACGAGAUAGUGGUCAUUCUUUUCUUUUCCUUGACGCAAAUAUUAAACCAGUUUCCUAUGACGACAUAAAACAGGCUACCGCUAGCGAUAAGGUGUUAUGUACGGUGAUUAAAUAUAUGAGUCACGGUUGGCCGCGCAAAAUAAGUUGCGCUUCAAUAAAAUCUUACUAUCAUUGUAAAUUAGAUUUAGAAUUUCAUGAGGGUUGUUUGUUUAGAGGGCAUAGGGUGGUAAUCCCGGAAAUUUUCAGGGAGCGUAUGUUAGAGGAGUUGCACUCGGCACAUUUUGGCAUCGUUAAGACCAAAAGCGCGGCACGCGGACGUAUGUGGUGGCCGGGCAUCGACGGCGACAUCGAGCGCUGGGUGGCAUCGUGCGGCGCCUGCGCAGCCUUGCGGGCCGCGCCGCCUCGCGCUUCCCCCGCGCCCUGGCCGCGCCCGCCGCGCGCAUGGUUUACAAAUUAAUGCGGGAGGAAUGGUAUAUAUGCAUGCGCCGCCUCGCCGCCGUACCGAUCAGCUGUACGCAGUAAUAAACUAGCCUACUAUUCAAA